UAGCUGGUACCACCUGUCAGUGCUUGAAGAGAGAAAGAGAGACACACACACAGAUGCAAACAGUCUCUCUCCUUACUGCAGGAGAAUCGCAAGAUAAGGAACUUAAACAACACACAAGUCUUAACAGUGCAUUCAGUUUGAGUGAGGGAAUCAGGUUGGGGAGCAGGAGCAGGAAUACAAGCCGGAAUAAUGUUUCCAUUCAAAUCCUCGAUUCUUCAUGAAAAAGCUCAGCUUCAAGAGCUCAACCAUCGCUUGGAGUCUUACUUAUCCAGGGUCCGACAACUGGAACAAGUAAACCAAAGUCUUGUCGCUGAGAUCCAGCACUUAAGGAGUGAGACGAGGACGGAAGAAAGGAAUGCUUAUGUGGAUGAGAUCAAUAAAAUGAGAUGGGAACUGGAGGAGCUGAUGUUCGAGAAAUCAAAAGCUGAAAUGCAACGAAGCAACCUGUGGCAAGAGAUCCAAGAGCUACAGGAGCACCACACCACUGAACAAACAGUUCUUAAAAAUAUAAGCCAACAGCUGGCUGAACAUGAGAAGGCCCUUCAAGAGACUGAAACCACCAACGGGUCUCUCGAGGCGUACAUCUUCGAGCUACGGGCAGAAUGUCAAACCUUAGAAGACCGGCAUGUGCGAGCAAGGAGGGAAAUGAGGGAAAAGCUGAGGAGAGCUCCACAGCUCCUGGUUUCUCAGGGGUACCACGCAGCUCCAGUGACGGGAGAGGAUUUCGAACAUCAUGCCCUCGCCAUUUCAACAAUGUGGGAGGAAAACUUUGCGAUCUACAAGAGCAAAAUUGAGGAACUUGAAACUGCUGUCCAGCUGGACAAAGAGAGAGGUGAAGAAUUGAACGAGGAGAGAGCACUUUUGAUUCGGGAGAUAGAGGCACUGAAGAAGGAACUUGAAGAUCAAUUUAAUCUCCAGAACCAACUGGAAGAAGACUUUUUAACAUUUCAACAGAAGCAUGAUAUGGAUAUGGAGGAAUACCAGAGGGCGAUUGAUUUACUGGAGGAUGAAAAGCAACAUCUCAUGUCAGCGAUUACAUUUAAUCUCAACGAGCAACAACAGCUGAUGCAGGUGAAGAUGGGACUCAGUCUUGAGCUUUCUACCUACAGAGCCUUAUUAGGAGAACACACCAAACAUCAGGGGAUAGAGCAGCAUCUGCGAAAACCCAGACAAGGCACAGAUACAAGAUCACAUUCAUACAGUGUCGUGGUACGGCCGGCUCAUGACACUCUAGAUAGAAAGAAAUGGAAGCCAACCAGCAUAAAUAUUCCUUCAAGUUUCAGGAGAGAUACCGUGAUGAUCAAAAAAGGAACAACACCAGAACCUGUUCCAUCCACAGUACCUGCAAGAAAGACUAUUAAUAGUUCUUUAUCAGAUGAAGAUCUGCUUUAUACCGAUGACACGUCAUCUUUGUCAACUCAAAAUGUAGCUUCUUCAGCAAAGUCAAUAAAUGCCCACGGGGAUGCUGCCAGGUUUAUACCAACAGCUUCUGCCCUACACAGUACAAUGAAGGAUGCUGCAGUUCCACAACAAGGAUUUCCAGAAAAGAUUGACAGGAAGAGUAAAGUGAUAGUACCUGGAGCAGAAUAUGUUGCAGAGGUGGCCACACAUAAAUCCAGAAUAGUAGUCAAGGAGUCUGACAGUGAUGAUAAAAGGGAUGUUUCAUAUAACUUUAAAUCUCGGAGUCCAAAUGAAUCACCACAAUCUUCUAGUGAGGUGCAAGAUUAUGAUUUUAACAGGCGGUCUACUGAACCAACUGAUGAGGAAGAGUAUGAGAGAGAGCCUUCAAAGGAUGUGAUCACAGUCAGAAGUGCUCCAAAAGAUUUGGAAGUCAAAGUAGACCUCAGUAAUGUGGGGCCACCCAUCACCCCUGACAGAUACAUCUGUGAGGCAAGUACAGAAUUAACAAAAUAUUUCCAUUCUGAUAAUAUUAUAGAAAAGAACAAAGAGGUACCUACAAUGGGUGCUGUGGAAGAGAUAUUGACAAAAACUAAUACAGAGGAGUCAAAUGAUAAUCAAGGAACUGUUAUCUCUAAAGAAGAGAAGAUCUUGACAAAUGACAUUAGAAUUGGAGACAUCAUUAAAACUGUCAUAAAACCUACUGAUUUGGAAAAAAUGAAGGCUUCACCAGAACCUGUAAUCACUUAUCAAAUUGAGGAGGAAGAAAUGCUGGAUGAUGGCACAAUCAAAAGAGAAAUUAUCAUUCAGUCAAGAAGAGAAGAAACUGUUGAUGUAGCAGAUGAGUCCACUCUGGAAGAAAUGUUGAAUAUGGAUGCCAAAAGUUCAGAGCUUCAACUGAAAGGGGCUUUGGAGCAUUUAACAGAGUCAAGGUCAGAGAAUCUCAUAGAUGGACCGCUCAGCCUACACAAAAAGGGAAGACAAGCUCCAGGGAAAGUAUCAGUAAGUGUUGAGAUGGGUGAGCAAACCUCAGAGCAAUCUGGUGAAACUGAUGAUUUCUCUAUGCCUGCAGACAUGAUUCCAUUGUCUUUGGGAGCAGAGGAGAGUGAUUACGAAGGAAAGGACGGCACAUACGAAGAAGUCUUAAACGUCACAAUGACUGCUGCGGACUUUAGGAAAACGAUGCUAUCAAAUACAGAACCGCUAUUGCAGAAAUUCACAGAAAGCUCAUCUAGCUUUUCACCUUCCAAUGAAAAAGCACGUGAAACACUUCACGAAACAGAAACAAAGUUACAUUGCCUUCAAGGCGAUGAAGACACAGAAACUGUUAAACAGACCAAAUUCACUCUGCAAGAUUCCUUGUCUAAAGAACUCUCUGCACCGUGCAUAAUAGAAGAAUCGAUUAAAGUCCCUCAAGGUGUUCAAGCGUCCAUCGUAGAACUACUGAACGAAGAAACAGAGGAUCCUAAACUUAAACUAAAAGGAGCUUUACAGCAGCUGCAAGGGGCGGUACCAGAAAGUCUGAGGGAUGAGCUUUCAGUACUCACCAGAGAUGCCCAAGAGGGAUCAGACAAUGUAUCAAUUAAUAUUAAAAAUGUACAACAAUCUUCUCAUCGUGGUGUUGUCACUAUAGAGGCAGAGGUGAAUGUGUCACAAAGCCUUGACCCAGAAGACUUUUAUUUGAUGGGCGAAUACAUUGGAGAUGAAGAAAACAAAGAUGAAAUAGGCUCGGGACUAAAAUUUCUCAAUACUCAAGAGAAAAUACAGGAAUUAUUAGGUGGGAAAGGCCUUAAAACAGUUGACACUUUGCAUGAUGAAGAAGGAAUCAAUGCAAGGGUCAGCGGUAUUAAUGAACAACUCAUGUCUCUGUCAGAAACCAGUGCAAGAAGUGUGGAAGACACUGAGUAUACAAGUUCUCAAGAUCUCACAGGUGGUCCAGCUAUCCAUGAAAUGACCAAGUCAAGUGAAAUGGAAGGUGACCUGUCCAAACAAAGUACUUGGUUCCAAAAGGCAACAGGUGAAAUGGAUGGAGAAGAGUUCCUUCAUAGAACCUCAGACCCUGUUGAUCCAUCAGAAACCUUUCACAUGGACAUAAACAGAAUGAUGUCGAUACGCACCACUGGAGGUGACAGUGGGGAAGGUAUGACACUCAUAACUCAGCAGCAGGAAAUUGCUGAAGGAACAGAUGGAAGAAGACUUGUGGGUCAUAUGGGUUGGUAUGAAGAAUGGGAAUCUGGGAGCAGUGGUGUCAAUGAAGUGGGUGUUACUGAUGCAGUUGAAGAGGAAGAUCUACAAGCUUCUGAUCCAGAACUAAUGCAAUAUGCUGCUUCUUCAAAAGUCCUGACAAAAGCCAGGAUCAUUGCAUCUGAAGGUAUCACACAAGUGGCCCGCAGUGAACAAAAAGUUAUUGUUACGUACGUUGACGAGAGUCAGUCAGAUGACUUGCCUCAGUCUGCUGAUGAACUGUAAAGAACCUUCGAAAGAGUGGAUUAUUUGAACCAGAACCUAGUCAAUAUAAACACAAUCAGAGAAUAACUGAUACUGAGCAUAGUUUAUGCAGACGCAAUGAAAUAGGAUGCUUUUAUGCUUUGAUAAUACACUGCUUGAAAGUUGUUUAUCUGGUGCAUAAUCACACACGCGUGUGCUAUAAAAAAAAUACACAUGACACUUCUGGUUACCCAAGGCCUCAUAAUGUCACAGAAAUCACUCCCAAGUGAAAAAUAAUUAUUUAAAAAUAAUCUCGCAGGCAUGAUAUAAAAUAGUUUCUGUUGACUAAAUUUUCAGAAGUGAUAUCAGAGGAAAAAGAAAAGAUUAUUGCUGACUGUCUGAGAGGAUUGACUGAAAGUGGUAGCACAGGGCCAUUGGCAUUGAAGUGAUUUAUCUGGGGUGUUUGUGUACAGGUAAUUGCAAUUUAAAGGUCUUACAAUAUUUUAGUGCUGAUUUGAAGUGUAAUAUUCGUGCAUAGGCUGGAGUAUUUUCCUAUAGACAGUGAGCUCUAAGUUAAAUUGUUGUGCUGUAGAGUUUAACUGAUACAUAAUUGAAUUUAGGACUCCUCUGGGUCAUCACAGCGGUAACACUUUCUCUCCACAGAUGCUGUCUGACCUGCUGAGUAUUUCCAGCCUUUUCUGUUUUUAUUUCAGAUUUCUAGUGUCUGCAGUGUUUUAGCUUUUGUGUUAAAAAGAAACUAUACAAUUCAGACAUUAAUUUUACAGUAAUUAAACCACCCAGGUGAAACAGGAAUUAAACAUUAAUAACUUUAGGUAAAUUAAGAGAAACUUAAAAUACCAGUUUUACCUUUCUCUAUACUCUGCUUUUUUUUUAAAGAACUUUAUCCCUAACCAACUGUGCUCGAAUUCCUUCAGCAUACUUUUCACUCCAUGUCCUCAGGUCCUAUCAUUUCUUUUGGACGUGAGCCUCCGAUAGUGUAAAAUUGUCAAUUCAGGAAGCAGCGUUGCAGGACGAGAUACUGUGUGCAAUGCAUCAGGAGCCUGAUCACUGCUUGGGAAUAGCAUAGUAUUCCAAGGAUUCAAAUUUUGAUCACCAGGUUCCUGGAUACAAAGUUCAGUUAUGCUUACUGUCAAUGAGAAAAUAAAUUGAUUAAAAUAUAAAAUAUCUUUUAAUAAUUUAAAUAUAAAACAUUUCUUCCAUCUUGGGAGAUCCUGCAUGUUUUGUGCCUUAUUUCCUGUGAGUUUACAGUGCUCAGAAUUAUAUUGUUUUAAUUCACGGAAGCUAAAAAUGGUCUUUACGUUUUGAUCUACGAUUCCCCCGUGACAACUCUCGAAAAUUGGAACAUUUGAACAUCACUGGUAAUUUUAGCUUCCUGCUUUCUUUUUAACUCCUUCAAUCAUGGAGAUAUAAUUUGGAACUGUAGCAGCGGCACUCAUACACCCCACCAAAUAUGGAACUAUUAUUAUAAGCAAAAUUAGUGCAGACAUCAAUAAGAAUCAAAGCUACUCAAUAAUGGUCUAGUUUGUGAUAUGAUUUAAUCAGUAACGUGUCACAGGAAGGUCAGAUGUGUCAAGAGCUUGGAUUAGAAGCUUCAGUUAUGUAGAAUAAGGAACGGGUAGCGGAUGUAUCAUAUCAUGAUGUUAACCACAUUUGUGGUUGGAAAGAAAGAAUGAACUUGCAUUAACUUAGCAUUUUCUAUGACUUCAGGAUGUCCCAAAGCACUGAACUGCUAUAGAAGUGUAGCCAUUGUAGGAAAUGUGGCAGCCAAUUUGUGCACAAACAGCAAUUUGAAAAUGACCAAACUGCUUUUUAAGUGAUAUUGGUUGAGGGAUAAAUAUUGGCCAGGAGCCUGGUGAGAACUCCUUUGCCCCUCUUUCAAGUGGUGCCAUGGGAUCUUUUACGUUACCUGACAGCAGACUAUGCCUCGGUUUAUGUCUCAUCCGAAAGGCAACUGGGGGCUUGGGAUUGGGGGGGGGGGGGGGGGGGGGUUGUGGAGGAGCUGAGCAGACUGGCCAAGAAACCCUUACACAACAUUGGUGUCAUCACUAAUGACACCAUUUAUUCUUGUGCUGUGCUAACAUCAGAAUUUUUUUUUCUCUCUAGAAUAAAACCAAACCAAAGUGUUGGUUUGUGCUGGAUAUAUUAUAAUGAGACAAAAACAAAAACAAAAGUACCUGGAAAAACUCAGCAGGUCUGGCAGCAUCAGUGGAGAGUAUUCAAUAUUCAGUCCGGAGUUCAACAA